CCUAAAGACCCAAUUUGGGAUCCACCAUUGUGGAUGCCCUUAGAAGUUAAACCAGUGGAAUAUGUUCACAUAUCAGAGAUCAAAGAAGACGAUAUCUUCGGUACAAUUGUCGCAGAGAACACUGUUGCAGUCAACCACGACCACUUCGUGACAUUCCGUCUUGAUCUUGACAUUGGUAAGGAUUCAUUUGUCCGUACCAAACUUAUGACCAAGAGGACUCCAAGAUCUGUCAGCACACCCAGAAAAAGCCAUUGGACAACAAAGCGAAAGAUUGCAAAGACCGAGGCAGAGGCUCGAGUGAAACUAGGACUGAGUCCGGAGGAAUUGAUGGUUGUUAACCCUAACCGGAGAACGAAGCAUGGUAAUGAGGUUGGAUACUGUUUACUUCCUGGGCCAUUUUCAGGCCCACUUCUAACCGAAGAUGUUACCCACAGAUUCGGGCAGCGUUUACUAACUACAACAUAUGGAUCACUCCCUAUAACAAGUCGGAGGUUUGGGCUAGCGGUUUGUACGCUGAUCGUAGCCAAGGCGACGACACGUUGGCAGUAUGGUCCCAAAGUGAUGUGGCACACCAUCGGAUUCCACCAUGUCCCAAGCCAAGAAGAUUUUCCGACGAUGCCUACUUUAUCCUGUAGCUUUGAACUCCGACCGACCAACUUUUUCGAACAAAAUCCUGUCCUCAAAAGCAAAUCCGUCAAGAUAACCUCUGCUAAAAACUGCAGUCCCAAAAAUGAUUAA